GCAUGCGUGUGCGUGUGAAUACGUAUGGUCAUUAAACAUAGACUGGGAAAAUGAACAUUUUGAAAUAAGAGGCUGGCAGAUGCAUAGUCAUGUGACCCGUGAACAGCUUCGUACCCCAAAUCUAGUUCGCGUUGGACUGAUACAACACAGCAUAGUGAUACCAACAUCGGAUCUUGUUUACGAUCAACGAAAUGCAAUACACAGCAAGAUUAAAUCAUAUAUUGUACAAGCAGCUCAAUAUAAAGUUAACAUUUUAUGUCUCCAAGAAGCAUGGACUAUGCCGUUCGCAUUUUGCACGAGGGAAAAGUAUCCGUGGGUCGAAUUUGCGGAGGACAUUGAGACUGGACACACGACCCAAUUUCUAUCUCUUCUCGCCAAGAAGUACAACAUGGUGAUAAUUUCGCCUAUUUUGGAGAGAGACUUUACUGACGGCGAGACCCUCUGGAAUACCUGG